CUUCCUCUUUUUUUCUCACUCUGUCAUAUCCUCUGCUCACUGGCAGUCCGUUUUUUGAUAUCCGAGUGAGAUUGUGAGCUCCUCUUCCAUUCUUUCUCUAUAACUCUCCUCUCUUGUUGGUUUGCUGUUCUGGCGGUGGUGACCCCUGUGUUAGACCAUGGGAGAUCCUAUAGCUUUCUCCGUCCUAAACAAGAGACUGAGGCCACGGUUCACUGCCAUGGAACGCCUCUGCUACUCCCUGGACACACUGGAAGAUGGACCACAGCGGCCUGGCACGGUCAGGGAUGGUUCAACCACACGGUCUACAAUAGUGAGGGAUGUAUCACAAAUUCAAGAAGACUCAAGCUCGACCACGACCAAACCAGAGCAGGAGGAUGUGGUAACAGAAGGGUUGAUUUCCCUGACUGAAGAGGGGGACAUCGGUCCUGAACCGUUGACCACGUCUAUGAUCAGUGAUUGUUCAAUGCUGUUUCUGACCAUAGAAGAUGCUGGUCCUGAUGGGUCUGGUGAGCUGACUGUGGUCAGGGACAGUUUGACCGUGGCGAAUGACGGUCCAGAUGGUUUGACCGUGGUCAUUGAGGGAGAUGGAGACGGUUCUGAUGCGGUCAGUGAAGAUAGGAGCACUUCCCGACAGAGCUACAUCGAUGGAAUGUUACCGGACCUCAUCAGGAGUGGACGACCGCUCAACAGACGCAGAACACUAGGACCAGUCUCAGACACGUUGAAGGAGGUGCGUCGGGAGGUGGAGCUAUCUCGGAGGCGCAGUCUGAAGCUGAAGGCUCAGGUGGACAAACUACAGGAGAACAGAGAGGGACCGGGAUGGAGUCAACACAGAGCGAAGGUUACAGAGGAGGUUCACUCCAUUCUGAGGUUGUUGCUUCCUUUGACAGAGUCCAGCCCAGUAGAACCCGCUGGUCAGGAGAACAGUCUGGAUACAGCACUGGUUCUGCUGCGGAACGUAGCACACAAACUAGCAUUGAAUCACACAGCACAGGAUGCCAAGUCCGGGGGUCGUAGAGAAAAUGAUGUGGAUGACAGUGUUGUUCUACAACAGGCACUACGGGACAGAGACGAUGCCAUGGAGAAGAAGAAGGCCAUGGAGGCGGAGCUUCUCCGCAGUAAGACAGAGAUGAUGUUACUUAACAACCAGCUGCUGGAGGCCGUGCAGAAAAGACUGGAGCUCGCUUUGGAAGUAGAGGACUGGAAGGACGAUGUCCGGUUGAUCCUCCAGCAACAGCUCCAGAGCCAGCAACAACAGGCAGCGGAACAAGCCCAGAGGAAGCCGUCCCGUCUGGGGCUGCUGAGGAGGACCAACAGACCCCCUCUACAGAGGCCAGCUUCUACCCCCUUGACCUACACCACUGGACAGGUUCCUGUUAGUACCCCCGUCCCUUCCCCCUCUCCCAACCCCCAGUGUACCCCUGUCACCUGGAGGGACAGGCUGAAAAGGGGGAAGGCGGGUCGUCAUAGUGGCCAGGAUGCAGAGCAGGCAUUGCAGGCAUCGCGGUCGUCGAGCGGCAGCAGACUGGAGGACGGGUUCCAUACCAUAGACUUAUAAUAACACAUCAUACACAAAAUCACAUUUAUUUAAGGGAGGGUUACAACUCAUAUCUAUGUACUGUAUUUACUGGUAGCUACUUUAUCAAUCUUUCUAACUGUGGAUUCUUACUGGGAGAGAUACAUUGAGCUGAUAGUUAGAUACACAGUCCCAAGCAGAUUAAUUCUCCAAUCUACUAGUACUGUGCACCGCUCUGAUCUGUUUGGCUUUAGGAAAUGAUUUUUCAGAGUAUUCUGUCUAUUGGUGCCUGGAUACUACAUUUGGGUUGGAGAUUUUCCCUCCAACUGUAGGCACACAUUUUCUACUGUAAUGACAAGCAGUCAUGUUGACUGUAACAUGUGGCUGAUUAAAGGGGCAAUCCUUAGUUGCUAGGGAAACAUACAUUUUUGGACUUAGAAAUGAAUAUCUACCUAUUGAUUCUUGAAGAAUAUAACAUAUAAAUGCAUACAAAGGCCUAAUGAGCUUAGUUCGACUGUCAUACUCCAUCAGCACCCAAAAUAUAGGCUUGUUUUACUCCCAAGUUUGUAAACAACAUAAAUGUAAACAAACAGGGACAAUUGCAACCACUGAUGGCCACUAGAUUAUCGCCAGCCGAUUUCUCUCGUUAAACCAUCAAUACAUGCUAACAUUGAAUGUUCUUGAGUGGCCUAGUUACAGUUUUGACUUAAAUCAGCUUGAAUGGCAAGACUUGAAAAUGACUGUCUAGCAAUGAUCAACAACCAACUUGACAGAGCUUGAAGAAUUUUUUAAAGAAUAAUGUGCAAAUAUUGUACAAUCCAAAUGUGCAAGGCUCUAAGAAACUUACCCAGAAAGACUUACAGCUGUAAUCGCUGCCAAAGAGGAUUCUAACAUGUAUUGAUCCCAGGGGUGUGAAUACUUCUGUAAAUGUGAUAUUUGUGUAUUCAAUUUUUUUUUUAAAUAAAAAAUAGUAUAAUAGAAUUCAUGCUGUAACACAACAAAAUGUGGAACAAGUCAAGGGGUAUGAAAACUUUCUGAAGUCACUGUAUGUAUGAAAAUAAAAAAGCUGAAACUUUCACAAACA